CCCAAAUAUUAAAAACACGAGCAUCUUUUGAUCAUUUUUAACGGUGCUGUCAGCGAGAGUGAGUACAAGCGCUAAAUAUGCCAGAAACAUGGCCAUGGCACAGUCAACACUGAUGUUCGCAGUGUGCAUCUUGAUGAUAACUGAACUCAUACUGGCCAGAAAGGACUACUAUGACAUCCUCGGUGUGCCAAAAGAUGCUUCCGAACGUCAGAUCAAAAAAGCUUUUCACAAGCUUGCCAUGAAAUAUCACCCAGACAAGAACAAGAGCCCCGAUGCUGAAACCAAAUUUCGAGAGAUUGCAGAAGCAUAUGAAACACUAUCAGAUGAGAAAAGAAGGCGAGAGUAUGACCAAUCAGGACACAAUACAUUCAGCCAUGAAGACAUGAAUGGAGGAGGAGGGCAGCGUUUUCAUCAAUCCUUUGAUUUUAACUUUGAUGACAUGUUCAGAGACUUUGACGUCUAUAGCCAAAACAGGCACGCUCGCCCAAAACGGCACUUUGAUGAGCACUUCAGGGCCCACCAGCAAGCACACAACCGCCAUAAGAGACACUUCCAGGGUACUUUUGGCUCCGGAGUCUUUGAGGACAUGUUUGAAGACAUGGAGAAGAUGUUUGCAUUUGACCGACACAUGAAAAGGACAGAGAGCAGGUUUCAGGGCACAGCCAAACAGCACUGCAGAACAGUGACGCAGCGAAGAGGAAAUAUGGUCACCACGUACACUGACUGCACCUCAUCCUGAACAUCAGAGUGGGCCACAGAUUGGACCAUCACACUUUUAUUUUUAUGCCUGAUUUAGAUGGAGACAUGGAGUUAUUAAUUUGCUGCUGUGAUAAGUGGGGUUUGAUUUUACAUGUGACUGAUCUGUUAUUUAUGAUGAGAAUGGGUGCAUUUGUUUCCAUUGGUUUGACUGAGAUUUAUAAUUGACACUAUGUUGGAUAGUGGCCUCUUAAAGGAAUAGUUCACCUCAAAAUGAAAAUUUGAAAUGUACUCACCCUCAGGCCCC